AAAAAAAAAGUAAUAAAAAUCACUUUCAGCCCUGAGCUCCACUACUCUCCCAAGUCUGUCAUGUAACAGACUUUUUUUCAUCAGAGAAAGCAGCGUUUCAACAAAAACUCACAACGGAGGACAGCACAGGUAACUUUUCUGCAGUAUGCAGACUGAGUUCUCUCUUUUGUAACUGGAUGCAAUCUAAUAAUUCUUCACAACUGUAGCAAAGAGGUUGUUCAAGUUUCACAAGUCUAAAUCAUGCUGGGAAAGAAGCUGGUGACUGCACAGAAGCGAGGGGAGACGAGAGCCCUCUGCCUGGGACUGGGAAUGGUUGCAUGCUCCAUGAUGAUGUACUUUUUUAUUGGGAUCACCAUUGUGCCAUUUUACACUAAGAGUGUUUGGACAACAGAAAGUGUGUGCAAGGUACUCAAAGCCAACAUCAAGGACAAAGUUUUCUGCCCAAACAGUGAAGGCUCAGAGGAUGAGGAAAUCUUUCCUUAUCCCUGUCUACAGGUGUGGGUUAAUCUAACAGCCUCAGGACAGGAGGUUAUGCUCUACCAGACUGAAGAUACACUGGAAAGAAAUCCUAAGUGCUCAUACGUCCCAGAUAACUUGGAGAACUCUAAAGAAGUUAAAGCACGAAUAGAAACAAUUGCAAGCAAUUUCAAAAAAUACCAGACUUUCCCGUGUUACUAUGACCCAGGAGGAACACAGACCAACGUCAUUUUAAGCAGACUUUAUCCCUCAAAAGGCCUCCUCUUUGCUUUCCUCUGGCCUACACUCAUGUUUACUGGUGGAUGUCUGAUUGUUGUUCUGGUAAAAAUUAGUCAGUAUGUUUCUGUUCUUUCUGCUUGGCAGUAAAAAAUACGUAUCUAGCAUAGACUACUGUGAUUGUUGGAAGAUAAUAAGAUGCCUUUGUUCUGCCUGUCUUAUUGGCAUUUUGUGACUCUUAAUAUGCCAGGUGUCGAUUCAAAUGCAUGCAUUAAAAAAAUUGAAUAGCAACCACUACAGAUGCCAAUCCAUUACAUAAGGACAAAAUAUAAAACUGAUUCCCAGGAAUGCCUGAACACAACUCAUAAACACACAGACUUAGUUACUCGCCAUUGUUUCCUUGGGCUAUAAGAGAUACAGCUGCUUUACAAAGCUACAAUUCACAUUUACUACUAAACUCUUCUUA